AUGGGUGCCAGCUGGGUGCCGGAUCAACAACGACCAUAUAGUGGCGGUCCCCUAGUGGGAGCUAUUAUCGCUAUUACUAUCUUACAAAUUGUCUUCGUUGCAGCGAGGUUCUAUACUCGGUUUAUGCAGCGGGCGAAGAUUGGUGCCGACGACUAUCUGAUCCUACUUGCCCUGGUACCUCAAAGAACGAUGAGACUUAUAUAUCACGCAGUGACCAAAGUUGACAUAGUUGGGUACCACUAUGACUAUGUCUCUCAAAUGCCUGAGAAAUUUGCCCUCAUGAGAAAAUGCUUCUUUGCCAUCGAAGUUCUCGACUACCCAUUCAACAUCACCCUGGUCAAACUAGCCCUGCUACUAUUCUAUCUAAGAAUUUUUACAACCUGCAAGUUCCAGAUCCUCAUCUACAUAGUAGGAGCAUUGGUCCUUGCAGUGGGAGUUGCCGAUCUUCUGGAAAUCUUCCUCCAAUGCCGACCAUUGGCAUACGGAUGGGAUCAAAGUAUCCCUGGCGAAAAGUGCAUUCAUCCAGUCACCGCUUAUCAAACUCUUGUCCCAUUGAAUAUCUUCACUGGUCUAUUGAUCCUUGUGAUGCCUAUGCCGACUUUGUGGAAGUUGCAUAUACCUCUAGGACAGAGACUCGCCGUGACUGGUGUUUUCCUGUUGGGUGGACUAGGAAAUGUGGCCAGCAUCUUGCAAAUGGCGAUAUACUUGUCCGCAUCAGAUUUCUCCAUGUCUGACCCAACGUGGUUUGUGGCCAAAUUCGGUGUCCUAUCGAUCCUCGAAGGCGGCUUGAUCAUCAUCGCCGCUUGCAUUAUUAGCAUCUGGCCCCUUUAUACUCAAGUCAUGCCCCGGCGUUUUCCCAGAAGCUUGUCUCGGUACAUGCCUCGCAGAAGACAACACUGGUACUGGUACUUGAGAGAAACAACCACGAAAAAUGGAAGCCAGGAAGGUAUUGCACCUUCUAAAGAGGUUCGCUCGAGUAGCUCGCCGUCCUUGCAGCCUUCCUCCUUGGCGGAUAUGGAAGAUCAGAGAUGGUCCAUCCUUGUAGAUGACGAGGUCGGUAGCUCUUACCAAAGUAUUGCAGCGAGUCGUAGAUAA